UCUACUAUAAUCGAAAUGGCUAGGUUUCUUGGAAACAAUAGUUUGUCCGGACCUCUUCCGAGCCAAAAGAGCGAUCAACUUCAGACUAUAGAUUUGUCUUACAAUUUUUUAUCAGGAAGCUUUCCGCAGUGGGUGACCACAAGGUUGCAACUGAACUUAGUGGUCAACAACUUCACAUUUGACAGUUCAAACAUAACUCUUCCUGGAUUGAAUUGCCUCCAGAGAAAUUUUCCAUGCAAUCGAAAUACCCCACGAUAUGCAAGCUUCUCAAUCAAGUGUGGUGGAAAACAAUUGACGGGAGGUGAUGGCAUAUUGUAUGAGACUGACGACUCACCUCUUGGCCAAGCAGCAUUCUAUGUAACAAGUACAGAGAAAUGGGCUGUCAGCAAUGCCGGUUUGGUUAAUGACACAUGGAAGAACCCAUUGUUUCUGGUAGAUACCACUGCAGUAGUCACCGGAACAGAUGUGACCCCAUACCUUUUCUCGACUUCAAGAGUGUCCCAAGGAUCACUGAGAUAUUAUGGCAUGGGCCUUGAGAAUGGGCCAUACACUGUAACAUUGCACUUUGCAGAGACGGUUUAUGAAAGUCGCACUUCGCAAACUUGGAAAAGUCUAGGACGGCGUGUAUUUGAUAUCUAUAUUCAGGGUACCCGCAUGACGAAGGACUUUGACAUAUCGAAGGAGGCAGGUGGUGUUAACCGAGCAGUUGUGAGAAAAUUUAAUGUUAGCGUGUCAGAGAAUUAUCUUGAAAUUCAUCUGUUCUGGGCUGGUAAGGGGACUUGUUGCAUACCCGAUUAUGGUGAUUACGGCCCACUAAUAGCGGCUGUCCAUGCUGCUUCAGUUUUCUGGCUUCCACCAACUAAGAAGAGCAGGACUGAAUUGACAGUUGGUAUUGCAGUUCCUGUUGGAGUUGUGAGCCUGCUAUUAAUAUUUGCGAUUCUAUAUAUGAGGAGGAAAACAUCAGAAAAAGAGGACGACGAAGAUAUUCUAGGAUUAGACCCUCGACUAAAUACUUUCAGUUAUGCUGAGUUGAGAGCUGCAGCCGAAGAUUUUAAUCCUUCAAAUAAGUUAGGAGAGGGAGGAUAUGGCCCUGUUUAUAAGGGUACACUUUCUGAUGGGAGAGUAGUGGCUUUGAAGCAACUUUCAGUAGCAUUUCACCAAGGGAAGAGUCAAUUUGUAUUUGAAAUUGCUACCAUAUAUGCUGUGCAACAUCGGAAUCUAGUGAAAUUGUAUGGAUGCUGCAUCGAAGGCAACCACCGCAUUUUGGUUUAUGAGUAUCUUGAAAACAAGAGCCUUGAUCAGGCACUUUUUGGAACAAGUAACUUGCACCUUGACUGGCCUACUCGAUUCAAUAUAUUGUUGGGAACAGCAAGAGGACUUGCUUACCUUCAUGAGGAGUCAAGGCCAAGGAUUGUACAUCGAGAUGUCAAAGCGAGUAAUAUUUUGCUCGAUGCAGAACUCUCCCCAAAAAUAUCAGAUUUUGGACUAGCAAAGCUUUAUGAUGACGAGAAAACCCACAUCAGCACCAAGGUUGCAGGGACAAUAGGCUAUUUGGCACCGGAGUAUGCAUUGUUUGGACAUUUGACAGAGAAGGCCGAUGUGUUUGGUUUUGGAGUCGUCGUUUUGGAGAUCCUCAGCGGGAGACCAAACUCUUACAAUAACUUGAAUCCAGAAAAGAUUUAUCUUCUUGAAUGGGUAUGGACUCUACAUGAAAACGACCAAACUCUGGGGCUGGUGGAUCCGAGAUUGACAGAGUUUGAUGAAACUAAAGCAACUAGAUUGAUAAAAACAGCUCUCAUGUGCACGCAGGGAUCACCGAUGGCGAGGCCAUCUAUGUCACGCGUGGUUGCAAUGCUCUCUGGAGACAUGGAAAUAGGCAUGGUCAUGUCGAAGCCAAGCUAUUUGACAUAUUAUAAUUUUAAAGACGUAACAACAUUUUCAACAGGAAUAUUAUUGGCGGAGGAUGAUACCCCAUCAACUGCAUCCAAGGAUAGUAAUGUUCCCCUCAACAGUCAGCCGAGAGGCAGCAAUGCAAGUGGAGCUAACACUCCCUGGAUUGACCCUGCGCCUUCCGUAAACGUGACUCAAUCACUGCUCGCUGGCAUUAGAAGAGAAGGAAGGUGAUAAAUAUCAGGAAAUGAUUUCCGCUUGCUCCUUUAUCCCUUUGUGCACCCUUGUACUUGUUUUGGACCCUUUCCUUUUCUAUAAUACACAUUUUAAUAAUUAAUUGUAAUUGUACUUUAGCUUUGGCUUUUGGUAGUGGGCAGGGGACUGGCAUGCCAGAUUUGAAUGUAUCUUAGCAGAUGGAUGUAUAUUCUACUUAUUCAUACAAAAUGACGAUCUUAUUUGGCAAGGCAA